AUGGCUUCUGUUGCGUCUUGGCAUCCUCUGUUCCUUCGACCUCGCACAUCCCAUUUCACCACGACCUCCUACAACACAGGCACCGCCAUAUGUAGAAAGAGCUAUCUGCAAUGUUGCAACAACAAAGAACAAGAACCACAACCAGAACAAGAAGAAAAAUCGGUUUUUGGGAUGCAAUGCCAAGCCAAGAGAAGACAAGUUUUGCUUGGGACUACUUUUGCUGCAUUUUCUUUUCCGGAAAUUUAUUCCAACAUUGCAUUGGCCGAGAAUGACGAUUUUCGUGUUUUCACCGAUGAUGUCAACAAGUUCCAGAUAUCAAUUCCCCUAGACUGGCAAGUAGGCGCAGGGGAACCAAGUGGGUUCAAGUCAGUUACUGCUUUUUACCCGGAAGAGGGAUCUAGCUCAAUUAGUGUCGUAAUCACGGGGCUUGGUCCGGAUUUUACGAAGAUGGAAUCCUUUGGCAAAGUUGACGAAUUCGCUGAGACUCUGGUCAGUGGACUAGAUAGGAGCUGGCAAAGGACAGCAGGAGUUGCAGCAAAACUCAUAGAUUGCAAAUCAUCUAAAGGGAUUUACUACAUUGAGUAUUCGCUACAGAAACCUGGUGAAAGUAUCAAGCACCUCUAUUCAGCUCUUGGGAUGGCAAACAACGGCUGGUACAACAGACUAUAUACCGUCACUGGCCAGUUUGGAGAGGAGGAAGCGGAUAAAUACAGAUCCAAAAUUGAGAAGGCUGUAAAAUCCUUCAAGUUCAUAUGAUAAACAACCUCCAGAGGGGCAGAGUUUGAAUUGUGAACUACGGUUUACCAAUUUUGAUUGGGUCAGUUGUACACAAAUUUUUCAUCGUAAUCUAAUGUAAUACAUUUGAA